AGUGCACUGAAAAAAAAAUACGGCAGAAAAAGAAAAAAAAAAGAAACGUGUGUUUUGCGGCGGAUUUUUUUCUCGUGUGCAAUAUUUUUAUUGCAAAAUACUGAAAUGUGUUCAGUAGAACAGAAACCCGUGUUUCGGGACCUGACCGGCGAGGAUCCAGACCCUGAGGUGACGGAGAUCGAGUCGCUAUGCAUGAAUUGCCAUUCCAGUGGCAUGACACGUCUGCUGCUGACCAGGAUACCGUACUACAAGAAUGUCGUCAUCAUGUCGUUCUCUUGCGAGGAGUGUGGCUACGAGAACAAUGAGAUACAGCCUGGAGGGGCGUUCGUUGAAUUGGGGGUCAGAUGGAAACUCCACGUUGAUACGCAGACAGAUCUAAACCGACAAGUUGUGAAGAGUGACUACACUAGUGUGAGAAUACCGGAGCUGGACUUCGAGAUACCUGCUCAGAGUCAGAAAGGAGAGGUGACGACAGUAGAAGGAAUUAUAUCGCGAGCGGUCUCCGGGCUGACCCAAGACCAGAGCGCUCGGAGGGAGCAGCAUCCAGAGGCAGCGGAACAGAUUGAUCGCUUCGUGGCCAGACUGCAGGAGCUGAGGCACCUGGAGAAGAAGUGGACCCUCGAGCUGGAGGAUAUUAGCGGCAACUGCUUCGUGGAGAACCCGGAGGCGCCGCGUAAGGACCCGCGGUGCGAGCGCUCGGACUUCGCCCGCACGGCUGAACAGAAUCACGCGCUCGGCAUCUUCACACGGGAGGAGGUGUCCGAAGACCCUGAACCCAAGUUGCCAGUGGCCACAGACUCGCUGUUAACCCCUGCGGACCCGGCCAACUGCACCUAUGACGCUAUGGCAGCGGAUGAGGUGCUUCAGUUCCGAACCAACUGUCCCGAGUGCAACGCGCCCGCUGACACCAACAUGAAGCUGACACAGAUCCCUCACUUCAAAGAGGUGGUGAUCAUGGCGACGAUAUGCGACGCGUGCGGACACCGCACCAACGAGGUGAAGUCUGGCGGCGGCGUGGAAGACAAAGGUGUGCGAUUCGAGGUCCGCGUUGCGAAUAAAGAUGACUUCUCCAGGGAUAUACUCAAGUCCGAGACGUGCAGAAUGGAGAUACCCGAGUUAGAGUUGGACGUGGGCGGGCGCGCUUUGGGCGGGCGGUUCACUACUGCUGAGGGGCUGCUGCGAGCAACCGUCGAGCAACUGGCCGACGCGCCCGGCGUCGUAGGGGACGCGCCCUCGCUCGCUGCUGACAGUCUUGACACGUUCGUGGCGAAACUUAACGAGGUGCUGGAAGGCAAGCGGUCCGUCACGAUAGUGCUGGACGACCCCGCCGGCAACUCGUAUGUGCAGAGUCUCAACGACGAAGACCCGAGUAUGCCCGACGACGGCCUCAAGAUCACCCGCUACGAGCGCUCGUUUGAGCAGAAUGAAGAGUUGGGCCUCAACGACUUGAAGACUGAGGGAUAUGAAGCCACCUAGCCCGAUAUCGGGUCUCUAUGACACGUCGCUUAGACCUUACAAUAGGUUAAUAAAUAAAUAAAUAUCUUUGGACAAUCUCACACAGCGCCAUCUAGCCCCAAAGUAAGCAACUUAAUGCUUGUGUUAUGGGUGCUAGCUUAACGGAUAUACUACUUAUAUACUUUUUUUUUUAAAUACAUAAAUAUUAUACAUAGUCACACCCAGACCCGUCACAGAAAUUAAAAUUCAUCAUUUCAAUUUCUGCCCGGCCGGGAAUCGAACCCGGGACCUCUCGGCAUAGUAGUCCGUUCUGAACCACUACACCAAACGGCACUUACAUUGUUACAUUGUGAAUUUUCCGGUAGUUAGAGGUAAGAGCCAAUUUUUAUGCAAAAUAAGGCAGGUAUGUGAUACACCUGAUGUUAAGGCGCUACCUCGUAAAAGUUUUCGGCCGACUGAAUGCCUCGCACACAGAGGGAUAGAAAUAUGAUUUCUCAGUGCGAGGAAAGGGACAGCAAUAGCGCGCGCGGCGCGGAAUAAAAUAACGCAAGCGACAAAAAUCGGAAAUCAUGUAUUUAUUGAAAAACCAAACACUAUUUAAAGAAAAUAACUCGACCAGUACUUAGAAUAUGUUAUUACCUUACCAAUAUACAAAAUUUGGUAUUGAAAUAUUAGCCUAUCUGCUUAUAAAACGAAAAACCGAGUAAUAGAAGGGUCAUCUUUUGAUUUUUUUUCUAUCGAGAAAAUUGUUUCCAUUCAUGUUUCGGCUUCGACCAGACACUAGAUUUAUUAGUCAACUAUGACAUAUUUCAAAAUAAGAACAUAAGUAUUAAGAAAAGUACGAUUAAAACUAAUUCUGCGCUUCUUUAAAACGCCCAAUAUUCGCAAGGCGUCACCUUAAGUGAGUGGUACAGUCAGCGUCAAAUUAUAAUUGUAACAAAAAAAUGCUGCGAACUAUUUUGCUACUUUGGGUGUCACGAAGUAUUUGACGCUGAGGUCCAGAACAGACGGUGAAACGAAACUGCAACUGCUACUUACUUUUGAGUUGCAUCUAAGUUUCUGCCAUAGCGUUCGUUGAGAGACCACACAUGACGCGACCAGUUUAAACUUUCAGUUUCAGUUUCAUUCAUCAGAAUGAUCAGAAAGUUGCAGUUGCGUUUCACCGUCUGUUCUGGGCCUGACUGUACAUAAUUUUUUUUUUCUGUAAGAAAAUCAUUUAGCAAUAAAUUAUUGUUAAUUAUGUAUCAGCAUUUAAUGCGAAAAUAAAUUAUUUUUUACA